GCGGGAAGGCGGAAGUGGGUGUCCUCUUUUUCCUUUCCCCCUCCUUCCUGCUUCCGGUCCGCCACUCUCCCUUCCCCGGGUGCGAAACGGCCCUUUGUAUGUUUCUCCUCCAUCCUCCGAGCCAUGGAGGCGGCGCGGGAGCCUUAGGAGGGGAGAUGCCCAGGCGGAGGGGGAAAGCUCUGGUGAAUCAGACAGGAGGGAAAAUGGCUGAGGGUGGCCUGCUGGGACCAGGCCACAGAGAAGAACACGCAGGAAGAGAGCCACAUGCUUUCCAUAGAGAGGCCCUGGAAGAGAAGUUGAGUAAGACGGCUCAACCUCAGAAGAAGCGAGCCUGGGAUAGGAGACUGAAACCUCAGCCAGAUGCUCAACACCCAAAAAAGGAUGCCAACCCAGUACUAUCUCCUUACUCUGUGUGGAGACCAUCACGGCUAUUUGAACCUCUCUCAAGUGAGGAUAUGAAGGCAUUUAAAGCUUCUUAUCGAACAAUUAAAGGAGCCAGUUGGUGGCCAGGAGGAGGGGGCGCAGUGGCAAUGCCUAUGUUGCCAGGCCUUGACCGAAAAACCCAAAAGGCCUGUGGAAGCUCGGAAAGUUCAGCAAGGGUGAAGGAAGAGAUUCGAGAGGCAGCCAACCCAGACCGAUUGGAGAUCAAGCGCCAGCACUUCCGGCACUUCUGUUACCAGGAGAUCGAAGGGCCCCGGGCAGUCCUGAAUGAACUGCAGAAACUUUGCCGCCAGUGGCUAGUGCCGGAGGGGCACACCAAGGAGCAGAUUGUGGACUUGGUGAUCCUGGAGCAGUUCCUGACCAUCCUUCCCCUGGAGAUGCAGAUCUGGGUGUGUGAAAACGGUCCCGCCACCUGCGCCCAGGCUCUGUCCUUGGCCGAAAGCUUCCUCUUGAGGCUGCAAGAGGCCGAGAACCAUGGACAAAAGGGGUCUGGAUUAUUGCAAGAAGCAUAUGUUAAUUCCCCAACACUGAAGCAAAAUCCAUUGGAUAGUGUGGAGAGUUCCCUUUCCAAAGAUGAUGAGGAUGGAGAAGAAGGGGAAGAAGAGCAAGAGGAGCAGGCAGAAGGACGCGAAGAACGUAUGUGGGACAAAGCAGAGAAAGCGGCCUUUCUGCUGGGAAUCUCUGAGCCCAUGGAAUGGGGAUUACCUCUGGACAGAACCACAGGGAAGCUUUUCCCGGAUCCCGAGCCCAAAGAGAUAUUUGGGAAUCAGCAAGAAAACUAUCCAGGGAAAGCCCCAAAGCAAGCCCUUUGCUCCAUGGAAACUGAAAACAAACUGAGCUUCCAAGAGGGGACCAUCAGUCAGAAGAAGAGGGCAAAGAGCAGUGCCGAAAACGGCCUCCGCCAGAGCUUUGGCUUCCUGAAGCAUCAGAAAGUGCAGACCGUGGACAAGCCACCACGGUGCACCCCCUGCGGCGAACGCUUCCAAAAGAGAUCGUGUGGAGAGCAGCCGUUUAAGCUACCUCAGCUUGGAAACGAGCUGCCCAAGUGUGUGACCUCGCUGCGGCGUGACGACAGCCUACCUGACAUCCCAGAUGGUGGCUGCAGGUGUAAGGCCAAAAAGAGAGGCCACGAGUGUGGACACUUUUUACCGCUGAGCUCUGACUGCUGGAAAGUGCCCAAGGGAGAGAAACUGUCCAAAGGCAUGAUGCGUGGGGAAAGGGUGAUGUGGCUAUCACCCUUCCCGAGUCACGAGAAGAACGACCAUGCGGGGAAGCCUCACCAGUGCAUUGACUGUGGCAAGCGUUUCAGCCAGAAGGGCAACCUCAACAUCCACCGGAAAACCCACACGGGGGAGAAACCCUAUCCGUGCUCUGAGUGCGGCAAAUGCUUUGUGACUAACUCCCGGCUGCUCACGCACAAGAGGGUGCACACAGGGGAGAAGCCGUACAACUGUUCGUACUGCGGCAAUAACUUCAGCCAGCUGGCCCAUUUGGUCCAGCACCAGCGGAGGCACACCGGGGAGAAGCCCUACAGUUGCCCUUACUGUGGGAAAAGCUUCAGCGUGAAAGCCAACCUCAUCACGCACCAGCGCACCCACACGGGCGAGAAGCCCUACGAAUGCUCCGAGUGUCCGAAAAGCUUUGUCUCCAGUUCCGAUCUCAAAAAACAUAAAAGGGUACACACUGGGCAACUGUAUACAUGAGUUCUAGUUUCGGAUUUUAAUGUAGUCAUUCCUAUUAUUAUUAAUGUAGACAAGGAAAUCUUCACAUGUGUGCACAGAGCCCUUGGCACACUGAAAAAAUAAAUAAAAGGUUUUUU